GAUCAGUGUUCGGACUCUUGCUCGGAUGCAUUUCAGUCAUCAGACUCAAACAAACUGUAAAACUAUGAGAUGAUGCAGCGAUUACCAUUCUAUCGCUUUGCACAGGUAAUUGCACCGUGCACAUAUACAGCUUGUUUCUUUGACCGGUAAAACGGCAAGUUUCAAACCUUUUGGUGGAACUUGACCUCACAAUCCCCGACUGCACAAAUACUUGCUUGCCCCAUCGCCAUUUCUCCCGUCUUAUCAGGGACUUGAAUUAGAGGCAAUGCAAACAACCUCGCCUUGGAAAGAGGUCCAAUAAACUAAACCCAGAGUUGGGCACACAUCAACCACCAUGGCGUCUUCCCUCCAUCUCGAGGAUGGCGAUACUGCACCGACAUACACCAUCCCGUCGAGGCGACUAGGUGCACUCGAGCAUCCCAUGAUCAUCAAAAACCUUGACAAGGGAAUCAAGACAUUCGGCCAAAAUAAUGCAUUUCAAGCCAUCCUCGAUUCGGCCAGCCCCCAAAUAUCGGUUCCUCUGUAUCUUCGCUAUGACAACCCAACAGCAAGACCACUAACAUCUCAUAAUGCCUUGACACACAACGUUGUGUUGAAGGUGACUGUCCCGAAGCGCACCGGAAGGAAGCGCAAGCGGGGCACCGACGGCCCUUGGGAAGGAGAAGUUGAACAAACCGCUGAUGGCGGGAGCUCAGCUGUCUCUCCCGAGGUCCUCUCAAGGGACAGACUCGACACACCGCAAGUCAUCCGGCGGAAACUUCAGGACAAUGUCGGGAAGUACGCAGUCGAGCCGAUUGGUGUCAUAAACAACACCCACCGAUACAGAGGCCUCGCCGAUUUUCAGUUCGCUCUUGGAGAAUCCAACUUCAUGAAGAAAUUCGUUGACAAGGUUCUGCCCGGGGACGUUGCGAAGUUGAAAGAAUUCUCCCUCCAGCCAGGCAUCGAAUCGGGUUCCAAUAUCGAUCUCAUCCCGCCCCCUUAUUUCACACCCAUCACGCUUCCCUUCGGCUACAACUACGCCCAAAACCCCCAUACCAAGGAGGUCAGCCCCGGCGUUUCCGACGCCUCUGGCAAUAUGUCCGAAGACCAGGAGUACGAGCGGGUUGUUAAUGUUACCUCUCGCGUGCCCGCUGCCGGCUACUUUAUCGCACACGACGAGUACCCCGUCCCGACCGCCCCCCGCCGUCAACCCGACAUGUCAGAUCCCCAAGUGGCCGCUAUCAUCACGGAGAUGCGCUUGGCCAUGGAAGAGCGCCCGAUCUGGACGCGCCGCAGCAUGUGGAACCGACUCGGGGCCAAGUUCGCCGAGCUGCCCAAGAACGGCGGCCUCGUGCGCCAUUGCCUGCAAUACGCCGGCUACCAAUUCAAGGGCGGGCCGUGGCGCGACGCCCUCGUCCGGUACGGCCUCGACCCGCGCGCCGAUCCCAAGUACCGCAUCUACCAGACCCUCAUCUUCAAGUUGCACAAGACCCGCAUCGGGUCGGUCGGCCGCUCGUGGCAGGCCGUGCGCCGCAAGGAGCUAGGCGUGUCCAACUUCGGCAAGGCCUGGCAAGAUCUCGGCGUGGGCGACGAGGCCAUGCUCAACACCCACGUCUUUAACGGGGAGUCGUUCAGCACCGACGGCAAGGUCUGGCAGGUUUGUGAUAUCACCGACCCUCUUCUGGCGAGGCUGUUUGCCGACGCCGAGCAGCGCGCCGAGUGCGACGUAGAGAUCAGCGGUUUCUACCACCGCGUGCUGUGGUCGGUGGCCAAGGCGAUCAUGAAGUGCAAGAUGGUCGCCAUCCGGUUCAACCGCACGCUGACGGACGACGACUUCAGCGCCGCGCUCGAGGCCGUGCGGGGCGUGCCGCACGACGGCGGCGACGGCGCCGGGCCGGGCAACAGCAUCGGCAUCAGCCUGCCGGACCUGCAGCUGACGGUGGCCGAGUACGAGCAGCUGCGGGGCGGCAAGUAUCGCCCGCGCCCCGGCAUCAAGUCCUCCAACCGCGAGACCAUCGAGGGGGUCACGCGCCGCCGGAGGACCCAUUACCGCGUGCGCAUCCCGCUCAAGGAGGCCGAGGAGCGCGAGGCCGUCAAGAUGAUCAGGCUGCUCACGCAGAACGCCCAGGACAAGAAGGCCGCUGAAGAGGCUGCUGCCGCUUCUACCGACGCGGAAGUAGCUCCAAGCGAGGCCCCGCCGCGCCAAGUUGAGGCUUCUGAGGGCGUUGGGGCAGUGGUUAAACGCGCCAGCGUAAGAGAAGAGGAGGAGGAGGGAGACGAGAGGGACCAAGAGCGAGGAGAAGGACGCAUGUUUCAGGAAAUUCUCGAAGACAUGGAAGAGGAAGGUAGCGAGGAAGAAGAUGGGAGUGAGGAAGAGGAGAGUGACGAGGGGGAAGCUACCCCUAGGAAGAAACUGCCGUUUCAAGAGCGGGGGUUGGAAGAAGAACUCGAGCAGGAGCAGUACGAGGAGGGCGGGUACUCGGACGAAGACGACCAAGAGGAUAUGGAGGAGGAAGACGAAGAGGAAGAGGAAGACGGGUAUGCCGGUGGUGAGGACGGGGAAGUGGGGUACGGCGAGGAGGAAGAAUUCUAUGAUGAAGAGGGCGAGGGCUUUCCCCAGGCGUGGGAAGACGAGGCGGGGUCAAGCAAGAACCAGUUCGGCAACGCAUAUUAUGAGUAGCGGCGGGGGUUGGGGGUUGUGCUAUCUCAAGAAGUGCUCCUGAAGAUGUUAGCAUACCAUAGUGUUGAAUAAAGAUGGUCACUGGAGCGAAGUACGAAGAAGUAACAAAAAAAAGAAAAUCUCAUUACGCUGUCCACAUAUAUCCUCCGAAUCCAAAACCUAUUAACCACACAGAACGCCCUACCACCGCAACCACCAGCCAUCUUUCCGUACCGAACCCAACCCACCCCUUUCUUGCUACCCACCCAUCCCUAAAUUGUAAAACAAACGAAACCAUGUUGCAAUCUGAUCUCUAAACCAUUCAUGAUAUCCUUCAUAAUGAACCGCCCUCCUUUCCCACCGCCCUCUCACGAUCACAUCCCUGACCCAUCACACC